GGCAAAGGCGAGCUUGGAGUGCUGUUUGCUGGCAGCCAUUGCACCCUCACAUCACCGCACAUCUCCCCUCACAAUGUUGUCCAGAGUGGCGAGACCGGCUCUCCGGGCUGGCUCGGCGCAAGCCCUGCGACCUGCCGCCGCCGCCGCUCCCGCCCUCCAGAGCGCCAACUAUGCCACCCUCCGCGAAAUCGAAGGUCGUCUCAAGUCGAUCAAGAACAUCGAGAAGAUCACCAAGACCAUGAAAAUCGUCGCAUCCACCAAGCUCACCAAGGCUCAGCGCAACAUGGAGGAGUCUCGCUCGUACGGAAAGACAUCCAACACCGUCUUUGACGAGGCCGAGACCAAGCCAUUGGAGACAGAGAACAAGAAGGUGCUUUUGAUUGUCUGCAGCUCGGACAAGGGUCUCUGCGGUGGUAUUCACUCCGGUCUGACUCGUGCUGUGCGCCGCAUGCUCAACGAGGAGCCAGCAGACUACACUCUGGUCACUCUUGGCGAGAAGUGCAAGUCCCAGCUCAGCAGAUCCAACGCCAAGAAUAUGGCCCUUUCCUUCUCCGGCAUUGGCAAGGACGUGCCAACUUUUGCUGAUGCUCAGGCCAUCGCCGACCAGGUCACUCAGCUCGAGGGCGACUACUCAUCUGUCAAGAUCAUCUACAACAGAUUCAUCAACGCCCAGUCAUACGAGCCGACCAUCAUCGAGGCUUUCUCCGAGGACGCCAUCAAAGAGUCACCAAACUUCUCCAACUUCGAAGUCGACGAGGAGCUUCUCGGUAAUCUCCGUGAAUACGCCCUCGCCAACUCCAUCUACUGGGCACUUUCCGAGGGCCACGCCUGCGAAAUCUCUGCUCGUCGUAACGCCAUGGACAACGCCUCCAAGAACGCGGGAGAGAUGAUCGACAAGUUCCAGAUUCUUUACAACCGAACGAGACAGGCUGUCAUUACUGGCGAGUUGGUCGAGAUUAUUACUGGUGCUGCCGCGUCGGAGGACGCUUAGAUGUGAUUCGCAUAGAGUCGUUGUACAUAUAGCGCACGCAGAUCGAGAACGUCUCGGGAAAAUCAGAAAAGUCUCCUUUGUCGGCAAUACCUGAAUUCUCCGUAUCAUUAUGCAUCUGCGUCGCGAAGCCCUUCGUCUCUCGGCGGCUCGGUGUAGUGUGACCGCAGCAGAGUGAUCAUUGUGACGUUGACUGAAUGAAUGGAGAAAAUGCCAGUGCU